CAAACUCCUCCUUGUUCCUCUUUUUUCCUCCGUCCAGUCAACUGUGGAAAGCCUCAAGGACAGAGUACAGGAAUGUAUAAAAGCCCAGGAGAACUCUUCCUGGGCUAAUUCCUUCCUCCUGCUCACUGGUUGCCUUAACCCUACCGAAGCAUGAUGCUCUGCAAGGUCCUGGUGAUCACUGUCUUCUGUGCGGUGACCGUGGCUUUCCCCAGUUUGCACGUAGAUUCAAUCAAUGAAGAACUACAGGAUUCAAUCUUUGAUAUACCAAACUCAACCUCUGACUUCCAACUGGGAUCAUAUGAACCAUCAACAUCUCCUCCAGAGGAUAGCACAUACCAGGAAUCAAACCCUGACUUCAUGCAAACCACAUAUCCCAAAAGCAUACAGAAUUCUGAGCUCUCUAAUGGAGCUGAGACAGUCUCUUCCAGUUUCCUGGAAGAAGUCACUGAGACUUCAGAAAGCACAGUGGAGUUUCCAUUAGCUGAGACAACUAUAUUCUCCUCUACUUCCUGAGAAGACUUUGAAACAAACCUGGGACUACCAUUCUGGAUAUUGAGUCUCUGUAGAAAAUGAUGUAAGUCUAAGAUGCUCCCAGCAAAGAAGAAAGAACAAGGAAGUGGUCCUGGAUGAGAGAUGCUGUGUCAGGCAUUGAUGAGCUCUGCCCUUACCUUGUGUGGGCUUAAUAAAUAAAUGUUCAUUGC